CCACGUGUCAACUUCCUGGUUACAAAGUCGAGUGUAAACAAAAAUAAUUUAAUUUUAGAAAUGUCACGUGGGAAUAAUGUUUUAGUUCCGGUUCAUUCGUCCAAGCUCUUUCUUUUGGUACUUCCGGUCGAUCAAAAUGACCAAGGGUACAUCAAGUUUUGGUAAACGGCACAACAAAACCCACACCUUUUGCCGAAGGUGUGGACAGAGAGCCUUCCACAUUCAGAAGAAAACAUGCUCUAGGUGUGCUUAUCCAAGUCCUCGCCUAAGGCAUUACAAUUGGUCAAAGAAAGCUCAAAGGAGAAAGACUACAGGCACAGGCAGGAUGAGACAUCUCAAAGUUGUAUUUAGACGAUUUAGGAAUGGUUUCCGUGAAGGCACUGUCCCAAAGCCCCGUAAUAAGGUUGCAGCCCCUGCUUCUUCAGCUGUUGCUACUAAAUAAAUAAAGGAAUUAAAAUUAGUAUUUAAAA